AUGUUCAUUAGCUUCGAGGUAGUUUCAAUCGCGGACGCCCUGUGCCACUUGUGUCCAGCUGAGCCUGCGGACCCAGCUGAACUGAUUUGCGGUGUUCCUUAUUCCGCUUUGCCCAUUGCUACGUGUAUGGCAAUACGUGAAAACCUGCCCAUGGUUAUGUGCCGUAAGGAGGCAAAAUCUUAUGGGACUAAACAAAUGGUUGAGGGAACUUGGAAGCCCGGCCAGCAUUGUUUGGUUGUGGAGGAUGUCAUCACAUCUGGAGCGAGUUUGGCUUCUGUGGUCGAGCUUCUGCGUAACGAAGGAAUGAGCGUAUCUCGAGCCUUGGUACUUGUCGAUCGAGAGAACGGCGGAGCGGAUAUUUUGCGCUCUAAACACAAGUUAUCUGUUACAAGUCUCUUCACACUAACGGAAUUGGUCGAUAUUCUGUCCACAGACGGUCGGAUUAGCGAAAAUGAGCGCAAUAGCGUAGUCAACUUUAUUCGAUCCACGCAAAUUGACCCGACCCCUGUCGCACCACAGUCAAUCUCAUUCUGUCCUCGUUUGAAAGCUUCGUUGGACCAACUUAUCCAAUCCAAAUCUACCCAGCUGUGUGUUGCCAUUGAUACGACCGAUCCGAUGUAUCUGCUGAAAUUGGCUGACAAACUCGGGCCUAAAGUGUGCGCGUUGAAAUUGCAUUUGGACAUUCUCCAGUUUGACACUGGCAGUCCAGAACAAUUUGUCUCCCAGCUGCGUGGUCUGGCGGUCAAACAUGGUUUCUUUAUCGUGGAAGACAGGUUAGUGUUAAGCGGGGACGAUGGGGCUCAUAUAACCAAAUUCAAGUGUUGUAGUCAGUUUUUAUGUGGUCCAAGUGUACUACCUUAA